GACUUGGAGCACUUUUUUCAUAUAACUAUAUAUGGCUUUGAUUUCUCCAUCCAAAACUUGUCUAUUUAUAACUUUGGGCCAUUUACCAAUUUGGGGAUGGCUGUGUUUCUUAUAAACACACAGCAAAGAUCUCUAUAUGUUUGACAUUUGAGUGUAUAAAAAUGUCUACCCAAUUUUCUGCUUUCCUUCUAAUCUUGACAGAAUUUAUUUUAUUUCUACAAAAUCUUUUCAAAUUAAUGUACUCAAAAUUAUCCAUCUCAUAUUUCACAAUGCUCUCUGCUCAAUCCACCAACUCCCACUAUGAAUUGUGCUACAGGGAAAUAAUGUCCAGAGGCUCCACAAACAAUCAUUUCUUUUCUUUAAGGACCACCCUAUCCCCAGAACUACUGAAGCUUCUUCAAGAGAGUCUGUGGACACUAACUUUCUCCCACAUCAUUCCACAUCAGUCGAGUCUAAAGGUAUGCUAGACUCUGAUCCUUCCUCAGACAUCCGCCCAAAAGGGAUCUCUUUUUCCUUUCCCCCCAUGGGCACCCCUAGUGAAGCCACAACCACAGGGUGGGAACCUAACACUACCAGAUAUCCUGAAACUAGUCCAUUCAACUCCUUCCACAAAAGGAUCUCUUCUUCAAGGGAAGGCAUCAGCCCAACAUUUACUAUUUUCAUCUGACUCAGUCUCUAUCAACAAAGUUCCCAUUUCCAUGGUAACAUGGAAUCAAUAUACAGUUGAAACUGACAUCACAAUAAAGGCCCCUAUAAAAGGAAUUAACUGAGCUCAGUUGGGUUACCUUGGACUAAGGUCCCCAUCAACCCUUACCUCUAUUCAUUUUCUCCCCUGAACGAUGGGUGCAAAUUGUACGCACCAUUAUAGGAAACAGAGAAAAACAGAUUUAAACAGAAGACUGGCUUCUGGAAGAAAAAAAUUUGACACCUCUUUGCCUGAUGGUACCGUUGCCCCAUCAGAUGACUCCUCGGUGUCCACAAUAACUGCCAACAAUACUUCAGGCUAUAAACACCAAAUCAGCUUCCCUUGCUUCAGAAACAUAUCAUGGAGCUCUUACUACAAGAACUUCACACUCAGCUUCACUAUUACCAACAUGUUUUACACAACAAAGAUGAAUCAAAAGGACUCCAGAACAUUCAAGGCUGCUGAGCAUAUCCUGCAAAUCUUGCUCAAGGUAUUGUUUGGAAGCAGCAGGAUUGGCUCUCAGUAUUCUGGAUGCAGUGACCUUUCACUGAGGUCUCUGAGGAACAGGAUAGCAACCGGAGUGGAUAUAGUCUGCAGUUUCAAGAAGGACUCCUCCAACCAUGUCCUGGACAAAAAGGUGGUUUACUGGGAGCUGACUGAACAGCUCUGUACAAGAAAGCUAAAACACCUGGUUAUAGACAAUGAUAGCCUCAUUGUGAAUGGGUAUCAACAUAAGCUGCCAGGAAUCAGAUCCACAAAGAGUUCAAUUAAAUCUAAAACCCAUAAAGACAUGAAACAGGAAUUGGAGAGGGCAGGAGAGACACAUUCUCAGGUGUCAGGAAGUGAGGCUGGUGUAGGAGCUGUCACCCAUAUCCCCGACCAUGGAGAACCAGGAAAAAUCAUGACAUCACUGACUAGUGGCCUCCUGAUCCGGGAAUCCACUGUAUAUGCUAUAGCGAGUGAGAUUGGUGUAGGGCCCUUCACCCAUAUCCGAGACCACGGAUCAGCAAGAGACAUGACAUCAGUGACCAGUGAAUCUACUGCAGGUGCCAUGGGUAAGAAAAUAUUUCUUUUCUUUCUAUUAUACUGGUAUUCAUCCUUGCUCUGGGCCCUUGUUUUCCAGCUUUCAAAUAUGAUAUGGACUCAUCUUCAUAGUCCGAGAACAGGAAAGUUUGUGAUUAGGUGGUAAGACCCGGCAACUUCCUCUGUCCCAUUAUUGUCUGCCCAGAUGUCAGCCUUUGGAUGAAGAGCUCAUGGAGGAUUUUGUCCAUUUCUUGUGUUAGUUUGUGUGUAUACAUAUAAUUUACUAUGAUAAAAGUCAGCUACUGGAGGACAGGCUUUUCUAUGCCCAGCACCUAAAACCCUGAAUGGAGUAGCUGAUUCUUAACAAAUGAUUACUGCUUCAUUUUCCAUUUAA